AUGACAGUGACCAAGUCGCUUAUGCCAGAGUUCAGUGGGACUGACUUGGGUGAUAAUCAUUCAACUACUACUCAUCAUCAUGAGUGCCAUCAACAUGAAAGCAAUGCCUUGCUGAACUUUAAGCAUAGCUUCUUCAUAAGUAAGUCUGCUUCUCACAAUCCUUCCAGUUAUCCUAAAACUCUUUCUUGGAGUCCUUCCACAGAUUGCUGCUCCUGGGAUGGCAUUCAAUGCGAUGAGCUCACAGGUCAUGUCAUUUCCAUUGAUCUUAGUAGCAGCCUGCUCUAUGGUUCCAUGGAUCCCAAUAGCACCCUUUUCUCACUUGUGCAUCUUCAAAGCCUUGAUCUUUCAGACAAUGACUUCAAUCACUCGCAAAUUCCAGCCAGGAUAGGUGACUUGUCACAACUGAGGCAUUUGAAUCUUUCUCAAUUUCAUGAAACCACAUUGUCAGGUGAAGUCCCAACUCAAAUUUCCCAUUUGUCCAACUUGUUGUCCCUUGAUCUUCGCAUCUAUAUUGACCAGCUUGAUUAUCCAUUAAUCAACCGUUUACAACUCGAGGAAUCCACUCUGCGAAGCUUAAUUCAAAACUCAACAAGACUUGAACAACUUCGCCUUAAUUUUGUCACCAUUUCAUCAUCUUUACCUCACACGCUCACAAACCUUACAUCUCUGCAAAAGCUCUCUUUUCGAGACUGUGAACUAUAUGGUGUGUUUCCAGUUGGAAUAUUCUAUCUCCCAAACUUAACUUCUUUGAAUUUUGCGGAAAACCAAAAUCUGCAGGGCACAUUACCUGCAUCCAUUGGAAACCUGACCAAUUUAGCUUACUUGGCUCUUCAAGAUAAUAGCUUUCAUGGUGAAAUCCCGCAGUCUCUCUUUAGACUCGAAAAUCUUGAACAUUUGUAUCUGGGGUAUAAUUUCUUUGAAGGCCGCCUAGCACUUGACAUGUUUUUGAAGCUAAAGAUGCUUAAUGCUCUUGACUUGUCUUUGAACAAGUUGUCCUUGUUCUCACAAAACAGGGAUGUCAAUGUGACAAUCCUUCCUCCAAUUCAAUUGUUAGGAUUGGGUUGGUGCAAUUUAGCUGGGGAAGUUCCAACUUGGAUAAUGAAUCUAACCACUUUAAGUUUCUUGGAUCUUUCUCGAAAUAAUCUUCAAGGUGAAAUUCCAUAUUUCUUCUUCAGGUUAGAAAAUCUUUCAGUUCUCGAUCUAUCUCAUAAUAUAUUGGAAGGACAGAUCGAGCUUAACAUGCUUUCAAAGCUCCAAAAGCUUACUUUUCUUGGUUUAGGCGGAGGCAACAAAUUGUCUUUUGUUGAAGGGAAGAACACUUCCAACGUAACAUUUCCUCCUCAAAUUCAAUCAUUGGAUUUAGAGUCAUGCAACUUAGUUCAUUUUCCCAAUUUUAUACAGCACUUGCAAGAGUUGACUGAUCUUUUCAUACCACUGAAUAGCAUAAAGACUAUACCGAGUUGGAUAUGGAAUAAAACAACUCUUCAGAGUUUGGAUAUUUCCAACAACCUGUUAAUAGGAGAAAUAUCCCCCUUGAUAUGCAAUCUACAAUCCCUUAGAUAUCUUCGUUUAUCUUCCAACUACCUAGUUGGCAUGAUUCCAUCAUGUUUGGGAAGCUUUAGUCAAUCUCUUCAAUAUUUGUCGCUCGCAGGAAACAAACUGACUGGGGAUAUUCCUCAAACUUAUGUGAAAGGAAAUGCCCUUCAGUGGAUUGAUUUUAGUUCUAACAAGUUGUAUGGUCAAUUACCAAGAGCACUUGUCAAUUGCAGAAUGCUAGAGUUUCUUGAUGUGAGACAUAACCAUUUCAAUGACUCAUUUCCUUUCUGGUUAGGAUCUCUUCCUCAGUUAAAGGUUGUUUCUUUACGUGAUAAUCAAUUUCACGGAGCUAUAAUGUGUCCAUUGGUAAUAAAACCGAGCAAAUCUUUUAUUUAG